UCAUAGAGUACCAGCCAGUCGUAACUUGGUACUGUGGCACUUCAGACGUUCAACACCAGACUUGUGAGAGAUCUAUCUAACCUGGAGCGACCCUCCGUUUUCUUCCACACUGAGACGAGAUGAAAGAAAACGCUACACUGAAGGGUCUUGUAAGGCCAGACCUCGCUAACUCUUCAGCAGCCUCUAAUCUCGCCUUCAACGAACAGGUCAAGGCGCUCAUCAGGUCUGGGCGGAAAGUGUACCAUUUCGCCUUCGGACAGUCGCCUUUCCCCAUCCCUGAGUGUAUGACGAAGGCGGUGCAGGAGUACGCCCACGUGCACGAUUACCUGCCCAUGGUUGGCAUCCCCGAGCUGCGUGAGGAGCUCGUUAAGUUCCACGCCCGAUACGACAACCUCAGCUUGAGUAGCGACAACUUCACGGUGGGUCCCGGCAGCAAGGAGCUCAUCUUCCUCGUCAUGGCCACCUUCAACGGAGAUAUCCUCCUGCCAGCACCUACGUGGACGACCUAUAUGGCUCAGUGUCGCCUGGCAGGGAAGGAGCCGCGGGUAUUGGAGAUGAAGCAGGCAAAAGGUUGGAAACUCGCGCCAGAGACACUGGAGGAGGCGGCCAGGCAGGGAGGCGAUGGCUGGAAGCUCCUCGUCCUCACUAGCCCUGGCAACCCGACAGGCACCUGUUACACUGACGACGAGCUCGACGCCCUCAGCUCGGUGUGUCGGCAACAAAGAAUUAUUGUACUGAGCGACGAGAUCUACGCUCGCCUUACCUUCAGUAGGAAACACGCCUCUAUGGCAAUGCACUACCCAGAAGGCACCAUCCUCAUAAGCGGCUUCAGUAAGUGGGCGUCAGCGGGUGGGUGGAGGCUCGGCUACGCCCACUUUCCACCCUCCCUCCGCCCUCUCCUGGAAGCUGUCAGAAACGCCGCCUCCCACACCUACUCCUGUGCUCCGGCGCCUAUGCAAUAUGGUGUAGCCAAGGCAUUAAGAGAAAACGGUAACGAGCUGGACAAGUACAUGACCAACUGCGCUAAAAUACUACAAGCGGCGGGAGACUACUGCCAUAGGGAACUCGCCAGCGUGGGUGUGGACGGCUGCAGGAGCCAGGCAGGAUACUAUUUCGUCCCGGACUUCGAGGUGGUGAGAGAAGGACUGAGGGCUCGAGGCCUCACCACAGGGGACCACAUGACGCAGGCGAUGCUGGAGGAGGCAGACGUGGCGCUCAUGUCCACCCACCCCUUCCUGCGACCAGCCGAGGAGCUCACUACCCGCUUCUGCUUUGUCUGUUUCGAUGGCUGCAGCGCCCUCAGAGCCCUGGAUGAUCUGCCGUCCCCAAGUCACCAUCUCUCUGACGACUUCCUCCAUAAACACUGCCUCCCCAUCGUCCAGGGCAUCCAGAACCUGAAGGAGUGGGUGCUGAAAUAUCGCCAGGAAUGAGAAGGAGGAGGAAGGGAAGCGAGGGUUGGUAAAUGAAGGAGACAGGGAGGAGAGUGGAUGGAAGAGGAUGAGAAGAUAAACAGAGAAGUGGAAGAAGAGAGUUGAUGAACGAAGGUAUGGAGAAGAAGAAGAAGAAGAAUAUAGCAGAAUAUAAUUGUCUUAGAAUUUACAGAGUGAAAAAAUAGGCAUUAAGGUAUUGUUGGAAUAUAAACGUAAGAAACAAAUGAAUACGUGUCAGACCGUGAGAACACAAAGUCACUAUUUGAAAGUUGUCGUGAAAAUUGAAAUUGCUAUAACACGUAAGACAUUUCAAUUAUAUUAUUUAUAAGACAUUGAAGACAUUAAUCGUAUGCUGAUAUAAGAAAUCUAUUUUUCAAUGUCUAGAAAUUUAAAUGAGUUUAAUGAGUUACUUAACGAAAAUAAACGAAUAUUUACUUAGUUUUGUGAAUAGAAUUUACAAAGUUACGUUAAUUGAUAAAAUGAUAAAUGUAGAGUAUUAAAUAUAAGAAAAUAUGAUAGAAUAAACAUAGAAUAAGAAUAGUAAUUAUGAAGAUUAUUCUGUUAAAUAAUAGCGUUUGUUUACUGUUAUGCAGGAGGGUGUACGGUCAGGUAGGGCCUCAGUCUUGAUAGGUGCUAGUUCUAAUUGAUCCUAGUUCUAAUAGGCCCCAAUCCUAAUAGGCCCCAAUCCUAAUAGGCCCCAAUCCUAAUAGGCCCCAAUC